UAUACGACAGUGUGUGGACGUUAAAGAAGACGACGAAAACGACGAAGUGUGUGCACCGAACGAAGACGACGAAGUAUGUGCACUUAAAGAAGACGACGAAGACGACGAAGUGUGUGCAUCUAAAGAAGACGACGAAGGCGACGAAGUGUGUGCAUCUAAAGAAGACGACGAAGUGUGUGCGCUCUUAAAGAAGAUUAAAGCGACGUGCAGAACAUCCCUAGUAGCAAAAAUGAGUGACUUUUGUAUUACUAUCUCGCUCCUACUCACGGCAAAGCCUAUAGCGCUACCCACCGCCAUUACCGCGACUCGUCUCCGUCGUCCAUCAAUUAACCCGAAGUACGAAUUGUUCUUGCCCCUCUACGUUUCCUCCAUUGCCCGCGCCUAUCGAUACGUUCGGCGACGGCUGUUCGUCGUCGUUUCCCCUUCGUCCCUUGAUCCCCACUUCCUACCCCGCCCAAGAAUGAAUCGUUAUUCGUUCUUGCACCUCUACGUUUACCCCCUUUCCGCGCUUAUUGGUAUCGGUGAUCAGCUGUCCGGCGUCAGCUGUAGAACGCGCCAAAUCGAAAAUCUGCUCGCAGUAGCAAGACGGUCGUGAAAGCGCUUAGCUGAUUUUAAAUACCCUGUGAAACGUGAAAAAGUUUAGUUUGGCAAAAUGUCUCACACUGUGAAAGAGUUGAAAGCAAGUGGAAAGUUUGCAAAACUAAGUGCGGCUAAAAAGCGUAUGCUGGAGGAAGAUUGGCAGCGCGAACAUCAAGCAGGAACGAGUAGCGCAGAUUUGUUGGUGAAUGCCGUCCCUCCGUCUGCUGAGGUUGCGGUGGUUGACAACGCGCCAGUACUUGAAGUAUCCGAGGAAACGGAAGAGACUUCGUACAUCCUUGAAGACGAUGACGACAUUCCCGAGGACCAUAAUACUUUUGAUGGUAAUGUAGCGACUGAUGAACGUAAAAAAAUGACGUUCCCAGAAGGUCUACGCCGUUGGGCCCUUGCGUCAAAAAUUUCACUGGCGCAUGUGAAUGAUCUGUUGUUGCUAGUUCGCGACACAACCGAUUAUUAUGUGCCCAAAGAUGCCAGGACAUUUUUAAAUACGCCAACACGUGUUGGAAGCCAGAUAGCGACUGUGGCAGGCGGUCAGCUUUGGUAUCAGGGGAUUGAAACCGCCCUGCAAAACUAUUUUAGUAACACAAAGCCCACCAUCGAUCGUUUGGAAAUCAAUCUCUCGAUGGAUGGAAUUCCUGUAUACAAUAACGGUCCAACCCAGCUUUGGCCCAUUUUGAUGCAAUUACACAACAUCUCUGGGACACCUGUUCUGGUGAUAGGUGUUUUUUGUGGAUCCAGUAAGCCGAAUAACUGUGAAGAUUAUUUACGACCGUUGGUGACCGAAUUGAACCAACUUUUGGAGUCUGGUUUCAAAAUAGGAGGAAAGCAAUACCAUGUAAACUUGCGUCUAAUUGUAGCAGACUCACCAGCAAGAGCCUUCAUAAAAGGUGCAGCCUACUUCAACGCAAUUCACGGUUGCAUGAAAUGCAAGUGUGUAGGAGUGCACGUGAAAGAUGCUCGGAAGGUUAUUUUCGAGAAUUCCGAAGCAGAAAAACGCACCGAUGCAGAGUUCAGGAGCGGGUUGUAUGCUGCGCAUUAUAAGCGACCAUCCCCGCUUAUUGAGAUUAAGAAUUUCAACAUAGUUGAAAACGUUAUAGUUGGAGAUAGGCUGCAUUUAAUAGAUCUUGGAGUGACGAAGAAACUAUUGAAAGGCUGGUCGCAUGGUGGGUUGGAACCAUUUACUAAGUGGUCGUCUAAAGAAUGUGAUAGGAUUAACAAACUAUUUAAGUUAAUUGAAUUUCCCUCGGAAAUAACUGAUCGUACUCUACGUCCUUUACAUUACCUGCAUUAUUGGAAAGGUACUGAAUAUCGUACCUUCCUCCAUUAUGCAAGCCUGGCCAUACUGUCGGACUUUUUAAAUGAAGGUGCGUUCCAUCAUUUCAAACUUUAUUUUUGUGCUGUUACAUUUUUGUCAUCGAACUAUUAUAGCCAAUAUUGGGAAUACGCAGGCUCUUUACUAAAGACAUUCGUCAAUCAGUUCGGUACAAUUUAUAGCCGAAAUCACUUGACCAGCAACAUUCACAAUUUAAUACACGUAAGUGAAGAGGUAGAUAGGUUUGGUCCACUCCACACGUUUUCAACCUAUCCAUUUGAAAACCAUUUACAAAUCAUAAAAGGCUUGAUAAGAAGUGGUUCCAAAACACUGCAACAAGUAAUUUGCAGAUUAGGAGAGCGCAAAGAGUGCAAUGUUGCGGCCGAGGAAACCUUAGAAUCGUAUCCAAAAUUAAAAAUAAAAAACAGUGAGGUAAUUUGCUAUGUUAGGAAUGGAUUUGUACUGAAAACAGGAAACAAAGACAGCUGGUUUCUUACAAAAAGUAAUCAUAUUAUGCAAUACAGCUCUGCUACUACAGAGGCGAGUAAUAUUAUUAAAAUUGAGGGCCAUGUUUUGCCAAACCAUAUCCCGGCAUUUAGCUAUCCUUGCUGUGCAAAUUUAAUAAACACAUUCAGAGCAACGAUGGACAACCUUGUAGCAUCCACCGUAACCAUUAAUUUAACUGAAAUUAAAUGUAAGCUAGUAGCAGCAAGGACAAGCAAACAAACUGAAUUCAUAUUUACGCCACUACUACAUACUUUGGGAUGGGAGGAGUUAUGAUAGGAUAGGAUAUUAUAGGAUAGUAUUGGAUAGAAUAGGAUAGGAUAGGACAAGAUAGGAUACGAUAGGAUAAGAUAUGAUAGGAUACGAUAAGAUAGGAUAAGAUAUGAUAGGAUACGAUAAGAUAGGAUAAGAUAUGAUAGGAUACGAUAAGAUAGGAUAAGAUAUGAUAGGGUACGAUAAGAUAGGAUAAGAUAGAAUAGGAUAGGAUAAGAUUGGAUUCGAACGAUGCGACAGGAUUAACAAGAAAUAAAUAUUCACAAUGAAAUUUUGUUGGAUAAAUUAUAACCAUUUGCAUCUUUCGAUUUUUUUAUUCACACUUUUUUACGUUUAUGGCAUGUAGUUUCUAUUUGCCCCAGCAAAUUUAAUCUAUCCGUUGCGUGGUAUAAUUUUUUUUUGAAAAACAUUUCCACCAUUUCAGAA